UUUUUUUUUUUGAUACAUACAAUUUAUUUCUAAUCUUUUCCCUAAUAUUUUAAACUUUUUUCCAACAUUUAGUUUAGACUUGCUGUCACCACAAAAUUUUAGAUGAGCCUUAAGGCUCCAUGAACUCAAACAACUAAACAAUAUGUUAUCAGAAAAUAAUUAUAAAACACUUAUCAUCAAAAAAAAAAAUGUUUAUACAACUGACUUACCACAUACUCGUGCAUACAUAUAUACAGCAAACAAAUAUAUCCAAAGCAAUUAAUAGCAGAAAAUACAUACAUAUACAUACAUAUAUAGUAAUUAUUGUGUAGCCGACAACCGAAUGACAAAUGAAUGACAAAAGGUAAAAAAUAAAUAGUGUCAACAAAAUAUUAGCGAAAAUAAUGGAAUUUGUGUAAGAGACUAUUGUCUCGUCAAUUUAAAGAAGAAAAAGAAUAUGCUAACAAAAAAAAAUCAAAGUAUAUUAAAUUAAAAACACAUAAAUGAAAAAAAUAAUAAUAAUAAUGUUAGCAAACAAUUAAAGAAAUAAUACAAACUUUGACAGCUGACACAUCAACUGACCAUUAACUGAACAAAAAAACUAAAUGAAGAAAUUAGUUUUAAGCUCGUUUUAGGGAUUACAAAGUCAACAAGGUAUACAGACCUACAAGUCUAAACAGCAACAAAGUAUAAGAAACAUAAUAUUUAAUUACACACAAAAAAUUAAAUAAGUAAAUGCAUAAAAAUAGAAAAAAAAAUCGUCACAUAGUAGUAAAGAGUGGUAACUAGAGAAUCCAUUUGCAUAUUAGAAAAAUGAGUAACAAAAAUAAAAUUAAAAAUACAUUAAGUACAUAUGUAUGUAUUAGUAACAAACUGUCAAACAAUGCAGCAAAGUAAACGAGUAUACGCUAACUGCGUGCAAAUUUCUAUAGAAAAUUUAGUUAAAUACAAACACAUACACACAUAUACACACGCUUUACAAGAUGUAAUGAAAUAUCAGGCAGAGAAAUAUGUACGAGUAACUUAUGGUAGAAAUGUACGUAAAUUAUUAAAGUUGAACAGUAAAUAAUAAUAACAAAAUAAAUAAAUAAAGGGAAAUCCAUGACAAACAUGCACACACUACAAUUUAAAAAACAACACUCAUGCUGAAAUUAUUCCCAAUUGGCAACGCAUUACUUGACGUACGCCAUCGGCCGGUAACAACAUGCAGUUGGCAAUGCUUGUGCCGUAUAGCGGAAGUUCGUACACGACAGUUACAAAAAUGCAAAAAUAUUUUUAGUAAAAAUCUGAAGAACGUGUAAGACAUGCAUAAAAAUACAGGCAGAACGCAGAAUGGUAAUUAAAGAAAUGUAUUAAACAAGAGAACUACGAUGUAAACAAACAAUUUUUGACUACAAAUUUGAAGUUAAGGAAAGAAACAAAUAUUUAUAAUAUGGAAGAGGAACUGCUGUUACUUCUACUGCUUAUGCAUGAGGAAACCAUCAAUCCCGCUCAACUGAGACGGCUGCGUGACCACAGUGAUCCUUUCAGCAUGUCGAAUGAGGAUUUCGAAAGGCAGUUUGUUGUGCCAAAAUUUAUUUGUCGGUCUUUAAUCGAAAAUUUGCUACCGCACGACAAACAGAACACGGGUUUAUCCUUUACAAUAAGGCUUUUAGCUGCUUUAAACUUCUAUGGUACGGGUAGAAUUCAAAAGCGUGUGGGCGACGAUGAUAUACUGAAUGUAAGUCAACCAACAGUGUCCCGUGCCUUGACCAAUGUAACUGAUUUGUUGAUAAGUCAAUUUUGUGGCGAAAUAUGUUUUCCAGACACCAGCGAGGAACAGCGAAUGGUGAAGGAAGGGUUUAAAGAAAAGUUCGGUCUCGAAAAUAUUGUCGGUGUGAUUGGCACAGCACAUAUUAAUCUGUUGUCGCCGACAGAAAAGGCAGGGAACGCCUCAGCGUACGCCAAUGAAUUUAAUAAGAAUAGUAUAAAAGUGGAGGGCAUUUGUGAUCACCGUUUCUUAUUUACAUCGCUGAAUGCCCGUUCGCCGGGCUCUGUAAAAAAUUCAACAAUUUGGCAUAGCACACCGGCGCGCGAGUUUUUAAGUGUACAAUACAAACAAGCUGCUGAAAAUACCUUCCUGUUGGGCGAUGACACGUAUCCACUAGAACCAUGGCUGCUCACGCCGCUGCAGGAAAUUAAAAACCGUGCGGAUGCAUCAUAUAAUGAGAGACAUAGCAAUGCUCAUAAUACAAUUAGACACACAUUUGGUUUGCUAAGAACACGAUUUAAAUGUCUCUCCAAGGGGAGUAAGCUUUAUUAUACGCACGAACGGGGCGCGAAUAUCAUUUACGCUUGUAGCAUUUUGCAUAACAUACUGCAGAAGAGAGGUUAUAGCAUAAAAUUGGAUGAAAGCGAGUUGAAUACGGCGAGCGAGGAGCAUGUAACACGCAAAUCAGAAUCGGAGGUAGUGCAAAGCGCACCGCAGUUCGUGAAUGGUUGCGAAAGCAGACAACUUUAUAUACGAAAUUUAAAUGAAACAGUUUAAUUUAUUUGAACUAACAAAAUUUUCACUAAUUUCAUAUAUAUAUGAACCUUAAAGCUUAAUGGUAAUGAGAUUAAAAUAAAAU